AUGGCGGAACAGAAAGAAGACAAGUGGUCGUCCGAGGCUUACCAGCACUCCGCCUCGUUCGUGCCCAAGCUGGCCACCAAGGUGGUGCAGUGGCUCGACGUCCAGAAGGACGAUGUCAUCCUCGACAUCGGCUGCGGCGACGGCAUCCUCGACGUCGAGUUCGGCAAGAUCCUGGCCCAGGGGACAGGCUCCCUGCACGGCAUCGACGCCUCGCCCGCCAUGAUCUCGGCCGCGAAGAAGGCGGUCGAGGGGUCGGGGCUGUCCAACUGCGAGUUCGAGGUCCUCGACGCGACCAAGAUGGCAACGUCCCCGACGCCGACCCUGCACGCGCCCACCUUCACAAAGGCCUUCUCCAACGCGGCGCUGCACUGGAUCCUCCGCGCGCCGGGGUCGCACGUGCCCGUCUUCUCGUCGGUCCGAGACGCGCUGCGCCCUGGCGGCGCGCUCGUCCUCGAGAUGGGCGGGCUCGGCAACGUCCCCGAGAUGCGGGCGGCCCUCGUGAUGGCGGUCGCGCGGCGCGUCGACGGCGGCGUGGCGGCCGCGGCCGCGGCGGACCCCUGGUUCUUCCCCGACGAGGCCUGGAUCACCCGGGCGCUCGAGGAGGACGUCGGCGGGUGGCGCGUCGAGCGCGUCGAGCGCGAGUGGAGGCCGACGCCGGCGGACCGGGGCGGCGUCGAGGGCUGGGUGCGGCUGAUGGGCAAGGACCUGCUGGACGCCGUGCCGGAGGAGGGGGGCCAGAGGGAGGAGGCGGUGCGGGAGGUCGUCGAGGUCCUGGAGCACGUCUGCAGGACCCCCGAGGGCGGUCGGGUGAUUGGCUACGUGAGGCUCAGGUGCUUGGCGAGGAAGCUUUGA